AUGGACUAUUUUGAUGAUGAGCCUCUUGAGUCUGAGACCAAAGAUGAGACGGAAACCACGCCAUCGCUGCAGAACAGCGAUGACAUCCUCUACUGCGAAGCCGAAGCCCCUCCCAGUGUUGAGAAGGAGAAACCUACCAGGGAGGACUCAGAAACCGACUUGGAAAUUGAAGACACAGAGAAAUUCUUCACCAUCGGACAGAAGGAACUGUACCUGGAGGCCUGCAGACUGGUGGGCGUAGUGCCUGCCUCCUACUUCAUCCAGAACAUGGAGGAGCCCUGCGUGAACCUCAACCAUCAUGGGCUGGGCCCCAAGGGUACCAAGGCCAUUGCUAUAACUCUGGUGUCCAACACAACGAUCCUCAAACUGGAACUGGAAGACAACGCCAUCAUGGAAGAGGGCGUCCUGAGUCUGAUGGAGAUGCUUCAUGAGAAUUACUACCUCCAGGAGCUGAACAUGUCUGACAAUGACCUUGGUUUGGAGGGAGCCAGGAUCAUCUCAGACUUCCUCCAGGAAAACAAUUCUUCACUCUGGAAACUGAAACUUUCAGGAAACAACUUCAAGGAGGAAUCUGCUGCACUUUUAUGCCAAGCCCUGUCGUCCAAUUACAGAAUUAGGUCACUGAACCUCAGCCACAACCAAUUCUCUGACGUAGCAGGGGAGCAUCUGGGACAGAUGCUAGCCCUCAAUGUAGGGCUCCAGUCGCUGAACCUAAGCUGGAAUCACUUCCACAUUCGGGCGGCUGUGGCCCUGUGUAACGGUCUCCGGUCUAACGUGACCCUGAAGAAACUGGACGUGUCCAUGAAUGGCUUUGGGAAUGAAGGCGCUCUGGCCCUGGGGGAUGUCCUCAGACUCAACAGCUGUCUGGUCUACAUCGACAUCAGCAGCAAUGGCAUCACCAAUGAGGGAGCCUCCAGAAUCAGCAAGGGACUAGAAGUCAACGAGAGCCUCCAAGUGCUGAAGCUUUUCCUGAACCCUAUGAGUAUGGAGGGGGCAGUUUAUCUCAUCAUGUCCAUCAAGAGGAACCCCAAAUCCAGGAUGGAAGAGCUUGACAUUUCCAACAUUCUGGUAACAGAGCAAUUUGUAAAAGUCCUGGAUGGGGUCUGUGCCAUUCACCCCCAGCUGGAUGUGUUAUACAAGGGAUUGCAGGGUCUCUCCAGCAAGAAAACCGCCUCUCUGUGGACCAACCCCAUGAAACUGAUCCAGAACUACACAGAACAACAGAAGAUCUCAACUGUGGAGUUCUUCAAGAGCUUGAAUCCAGCGGGAUCAAUGAUAAUGCCUGUGGGGGACUUUCGGAAAGCCAUGAUACAGCAAAACAAGGUCCCCAUCAACCGGUACCAGGUCAGGGAGCUCCUAAAGAAACUGGAUGAGAAGAACGGUAUGGUGGACUUCAGCUGCCUUAUGUAGCAAGACUCGAACAAGACACUGGGACCUGUGCCUGAGGAACGCCAGCCCACGUGACAAAGGGACAAGGUUCAGGCCUCCAAGGUGAGGACAGGAGAGACUGGGGAGGGGAGUAUGCCGAAGACCAAGGGAGGCAUCACUGGGGCAGUGCUUCAGCUAGGUCCGGCAAGAUGCAUAGACGCAUGCCACGUUUCUGUUGCAGAGGUCCAGGACAUCUUGCGUGGAAGUUCGCCACUUCCACGACAUAGGUUCUGGGGAGCAAAUUCGGGUUGUCGGGCUUCUGGCAAGGGCCAUUAACUGCUGAGCCAUCUCUCUGGCCAUUUGUUGUGCGCACGCGCGCAUGUGUGUGCGUGCAUACAGGGGCCAGAAGCUUGGCAUCUUCAUUGACUGUGCUCCCCUUUAAUUUUUGAAACAGUGUCUCUCACUGAACAAGGAGCUCUCCGAUUGGCUAGAUGAACCGGCCAGUGAGCUUCCUAGCCCAGCUUUAGCACUAGGAUGCCAUCACACAGGCUUUCGUGUGGGCACUAGGGAUCUGAACUCAGGUCCUCAUGCUUGCGUGCCAGGAACCCUAUCAUCUCCCCAGCCUACCGUUCCCCCUGUUUCCUUUCCUUUCAAACCAGCUUCUUAAAGGCUGGAAAUCACAACAGCCGGUCAGGUCUGGGGAGACGCCCCAACAGAGAAGUCCUGGCAAGUUGUGGAGGCUGUGAGGAGAUUCAACCCAUGGAUGCCAUGACUAGAGCUAAA